AGCUCCUUAAUUUUGCUGUAGCUCCGUAAACUAUUCUACUCUUUCCGGAGAACCAUUUGAGCUCCUCUUCUUAAUUUCAUCCCGAGGAAGAAGAAGGGAAUAGGAAGGUCAGUUUUAAGGUGAUGGACACCACAGAAUCAUGUGUUCCGCCCGGUUUUAGAUUCCACCCGACUGACGAGGAGCUUGUUGGUUAUUACCUUAAGAAGAAGGUUGCUUCUCAAAAGAUAGAUCUUGAUGUCAUUAGAGAUAUCGAUCUCUAUAGAAUUGAGCCAUGGGACCUCCAAGAACAUUGUCGGAUCGGAUAUGAAGAGCAAAGCGAGUGGUACUUCUUCAGCCACAAAGACAGAAAGUAUCCAACAGGUACCAGGACGAAUAGGGCGACGAUGGCCGGUUUUUGGAAGGCAACUGGGCGAGAUAAGGCCAUCCACGACAAGAACAAACUUAUCGGCAUGAGGAAGACGCUUGUCUUUUACAAAGGAAGAGCGCCUAAUGGGCAAAAAACUGAUUGGAUCAUGCACGAGUACAGGCUCGAAUCCGAAGAGAACGGACCACCACAGGAAGAAGGGUGGGUUGUGUGCCGGGCGUUCAAGAAGCGAACCAGUUGCGCGAGCCGGAGCGCCGUCGAUCUGUGGGAAUGCAACUACUCGUACGAUGAACCCAUUCAGAUGAGUUCUAUCGUCGCCGAUCCUUUGACAUACCUACAGAGGCCGCCAAAGCAGUCCGGCCUUCUUUGCAAGCAAGAGACAGAGCUCGACAAUGCAAACGUAUUGCAAUCAAACCACUUCGUUCAGCUGCCGCAGCUUGAGAGCCCCUCCAUACCCCUCGUGAAGUGGCCGAGCCUGCUCUCAUCUGUCGCUGCGGUGGAGAACGAUGACGAUGAGCAAACAAGAGGAUGUCACGUGGCCGAGAAGGUGACCGACUGGAGGGCGCUUGACAAGUUCGUCGCGGCCCAGUUGAGCCCUGAGGACCAGUUCGCUGCCGACCAGGUGGUCUCGGGUUAUGGCGUCGACCAAGAGUCGGAGAUGGCACUUCUUCUGCUUCAGGGGGGGUGUGAUAUCAAUGAGGCAGCGGCGGCUGCGGGGAAGCUGAGCGGGUUCUUGAGCUCUUCGGGAUCGGAGUGCGACAUUGGGAUCUGCGUGUUUGAGAAGUAAGCAUAAAAUGGAGGGUCCAAGAGAUCGAAGAUUCACGAUUUUUAACUUGGUUAUUUUGUUCAACUCUAUAUAUAUAUAUAUAUAUAUAUGUUUGGGGUUGCAUGGUUACUAGUGGGGGCUAUAUAUUCUUGUGCAGAAGAAGUGGAGUUGCACUUAAUGAGCUCUUUGAUUAUCUCUAACUAUGGUUAGUGUCGGGGCCUAAUACAUAUAGUUCUAUUGGCUUAUCAUUUUGUGGAAUGUGGUUGCACGAGUACUGCUUACUAAUAUGAGAUAAUUGUCAUUGUUUGCAUGAUUAA